UCUCUGGUACAAGGAAAAAACUAAAAAGAAUUUUUAAUAUCCUGUCAAAUACUCUGGCCUGAGUCGAAAGGGACAGUUUUGUCCGAAAGUAAUAGGAUGGCAGUUUUGGGAAGUGCGAGUCGGCUAAUUCAAUUUGCCAGGUGCAGUAACUAUGUUAGUUUAUGUGUGAGUGCAUCUCUCAGACGGCAGUCUACAGCAGCUGCAGCUGCGUUUGCCAAUCCUGCUCCACCAGAAACACAUGAAAACAGAAAGCCCAAAACUGGAAUUCUUAUGCUGAACAUGGGUGGACCAGAAAAACUAGAAGAUGUUCAUGAUUUCCUGUUGCGACUUUUCAUGGACACAGAUUUGAUGACACUUCCUGUUCAGAACAAACUGGGUCCUUUCAUUGCCAAGCGUCGAACCCCAAAGAUUCAGGAGCAGUACAGUAAGAUAGGGGGUGGCUCUCCCAUUAAAGCCUGGACCACCACGCAGGGGGAGGGGAUGAUCAAACUACUAAAUGAGAUGUGUCCAGACACUGCUCCACACAAGUUCUACAUCGGUUUCCGCUAUGUUCACCCGUUGACGGAGGAAGCCAUUGAGGAGAUGGAGAAAGAUGGAAUUGAGAGGGCAGUGGCUUUUACCCAGUACCCUCAGUACAGUUGCUCCACUACAGGAAGCAGUCUGAAUGCCAUUUACCGUUACUACAGUAGCCGAGGGGAUAGGCCUAAGAUGCGCUGGAGCGUGAUUGACAGAUGGCCUACCCAUCCUUUGCUCAUUGAGUGCUUCGCUCAACACGUGAAGAAUGAGCUGGAGAAGUUUCCUGCUGAUAAGAGAGAUGAUGUUGUCAUUCUGUUCUCAGCCCACUCUCUUCCCAUGUCUGUGGUGAACAGAGGUGACCCAUAUCCUCAGGAGGUCGGAGCUACUGUACAGAGAGUAAUGGAGAGACUACAGCACUGUAAUCCUUACCGUCUAGUCUGGCAGUCAAAGGUGGGUCCAAUGCCGUGGUUGGGCCCUCAGACUGAUGAGGUCAUAAAAGGCCUGUGUCAGAGGGGGAAGAAAAACCUGCUCCUUGUACCCAUUGCCUUCACCAGCGACCACAUCGAGACCCUACAUGAACUGGACAUUGAGUACUCCCAGAUACUGGGAGAGGAGUGUGGUGUGGAGAACAUUAGACGAGCAGAAUCCCUGAAUGGAAACCCUCUCUUCUUUAAGGCACUUGCUGACCUUGUGCAGUCCCACCUGAAGUCGAAUGAGCCUUGUUCUCGGCAGCUGACCUUGCGUUGCCCUCUGUGUGUGAACCCUACAUGCGGCCAGACAAAGGCCUUCUUCGCCAAUCAGAAGCUCUGACCUGGCUUGCUCCACUCUGCCUCGCCCCGCCCCGCCCUGCCUUG